ACACUAAAACCCUAAUCUUAUCUCUGUCUGAACCAAGGCGAGUGUCGGCGCAGCUUAGAGAGAAUCCAAAACCGAGAGACAAUGGCAGGAGGGAAGAUAAGGAAGGAGAAGCCAAAGGCACCGUCAAACAAUUACCAAGGAGGUAUCUCCUUCCACAAAUCGAAAGGACAACAUAUCCUCAAGAACCCUCUCCUCGUUGACUCAAUCGUCCAGAAAGCAGGGAUCAAGAGCACCGAUGUGAUCCUCGAGAUCGGUCCUGGUACUGGUAACUUGACUAAGAAGCUUCUAGAAGCUGGUAAAGAAGUCAUCGCCGUCGAACUCGAUUCUCGUAUGGUUCUCGAGCUUCAACGCCGUUUCCAAGGAACUCCCCUUUCUCACCGCUUGAAGGUGAUUCAAGGAGAUGUGUUAAAGACUGAGCUUCCACGGUUUGACAUAUGUGUGGCCAACAUUCCGUAUCAGAUAUCAUCUCCUCUUACAUUCAAGCUUCUCUUUCACCCUACAAGCUUCAGGUGCGCUGUGAUCAUGUACCAGAGAGAGUUCGCUAUGAGACUCGUUGCUCAACCUGGAGAUAACCUUUACUGUCGUCUAUCUGUUAACACUCAGCUUUAUGCUAGAGUCUCCCACCUUCUCAAAGUCGGUAAAAACAACUUCCGUCCACCUCCCAAGGUCGAUUCUUCUGUUGUCAGGAUCGAGCCGAGGAAGCCACAGCCUCAGGUUAACAAGAAGGAGUGGGAUGGGUUCUUGAGAGUCUGUUUUAUUAGGAAGAACAAGACUUUGGGAGCAAUUUUCAAGCAGAAGUCUGUUAUUUCUAUGCUGGAGAAGAACUUCAAGACUCUGCAGGCGGUGUUAGCUUCGUUGAAUGGCGGCUCUACAGGAGAAGCUGCUACUGCUGCUAUGGAUGUAGGUGACAUGAGCAUGGGAAUGGAAGAUGAUGACAAUGAGAUGGAUGAUGAUGAUGAGGAUAUGGAUAUGGAGGAAGGACAAGGAGGAGGAGGAGGAGAGUUUAAGGAGAAAGUUAUGAAUGUGUUGAAGGAAGGUGGUUUUGAGGAGAAGAGGUCUUCAAAGCUUUCACAACAAGAGUUUUUGUAUCUUCUUUCCUUAUUCAACAAGUCUGGUAUUCACUUUUCUUAAAGUUGUUUUUGUCCCUUUCUGUUUCGAAAAUGUACCCUGUCUUUAUUGAAUACUAUGGAGUCUUGCUUUGAGUUUACAAAGAAAUGAUAAAAUUGAUUUUAAG